UUCACAACUUUGGAGCACGAUGUACUAUUGCACAGUUUAGUGGAAAUCAAAAAAUUAAGUUUCACAAUCUUUGGUGGUUAUAAAUAGAGGAGGAGACGCAAACUUAGUAUAUUUGUAAUGGCCGUGCGUGCUCAGUUUGAAGGAAAUAAUGAAGUAGGCGUGUUUUCUAAACUGACAAAUGCCUACUGUUUAGUUGCGAUCGGAGGAUCUGAGAACUUCUAUAGUGUCUUUGAAGGGGAAUUGUCAGAAGCCAUACCAGUGGUUCAUUGUAGCUUAGCAGGAUGCAGAAUCAUUGGACGUAUGUGUGUAGGAAACAAAAAUGGAUUAUUAGUGCCAAGUUCAACAACUGAUCAGGAAUUACAGCACAUUCGAAACUCUUUACCAGACAGUGUAAAAAUUCAGCGUGUGGAGGAGCGAUUGUCUGCCCUUGGAAAUGUGGUCACUUGCAAUGAUUAUGUGGCUUUAGUUCACCCUGAUCUCGACAGAGAGACAGAGGAAAUAGUGACAGAUGUACUGGGUGUGGAGGUGUUCCGUCAGACAGUGGCUGAUAAUGUGUUAGUGGGCACAUACAGCACAAUUAGUAACCAAGGAGGGCUGGUUCAUCCCAAAACAUCAAUAGAAGACCUGGAAGAAUUGUCUUCCCUUUUACAAGUACCUCUUGUUGCUGGUUCUGUGAACCGUGGGAGUGAUGUAAUCGGGGCGGGUAUGGUUGUCAAUGAUUGGAUAGCAUUCUGUGGACUGGACACGACCAGUACAGAGUUAUCUGUGAUAGAGAGUGUGUUUAAGUUGGGAGACAGGACUCCCAGUGCCAUCUCCACAGAAAUGAGGGAAAGCCUCAUAGAAAGCAUUGCGUAGUUGUCACUGAGGACUAUUCAGGACUCUAGAGGUAUGCUGCAGCAGAUUCCUGUCCAAAAUUCAACAUGCCCGGGUUGUACAUGUGUCAUUUUGUGUACCAUUUACACAGUUGGAUCACUGAGUUCACAGACUAUUAUACAGAUCUGACUUCUCAUCCUCAUCACACCAGUAACUUUAUCACAGUGAGGUUACCUAUAAUUCAUGCUCAUUUUGUCAAAUAAAGCAACAUUUUGUCAAAUCAAGUAACUCUGUACCAUAUAUUUAAUGUGCAGGUAAAUGAAAUUGUUCAAAUAAAUUUAUAUAUUAACCAAAA